AUGGCCCUCAAGCGGAAGAUGGACUUUGACGAUGCGGUCGACGUGCGCCGGGACGUGAAGCAGCCUAAGCUCGUCCCCUUCCCACAGACCGAGCCUGACAGUGACGUUGCCAUGAUGGAUGCUUCCGACUACCCCCUUGAGCCUCUCUUCCUUUCCAUGCAACAGUUCCACACGCGUCUUCCUUCUAACGCGAGCUACUCAUCGUCGAGCGCGGGGGACUCGCCCCAUCUCUCGCCUAUGUACCCAUCGUUCGACCUGUAUCCCUCCGACGAUCAGGGCUACAUUGGCGCUCAGAAUCCCUUCGACUCGCCGAUGUGCAACGCGCCUCGUGCUGUUGGUCUCCUCCAGCCGAAGAAUGCCUCGUUCACACAUCAUGGUGCCAGCUGUACGCAAAUACCGAAACUCCGUGUUGCUUGCUCUCCAGGACUCAACGGACAAAGGACGAUGUGGGCGCACUGCGAGCAAUGUGGAGCGAUUGAAAUGGUCCGGACCGAUUAA